AAUGAAAAAAUAGUGAAAACGAAAGGAUUAAUCUGACAAUUGAAAAUCAAUCAACACUUUUCGAGGCUUCAACUACCGAUGGCGGGAAUAGCAGAGGAACCACCGGAGGAGGAGAACGUAGUGGCAGAGCUGGGGUUGUAUAAGGGCCAAGUCAAAUUAGUAAUCGAUUGUGAAGAAGAAAUUAUGCUGCUGUGGGCAAUCCAGCAGCCCAUCUUCUCCAAAAACAAUGCUUUUGUGAGUCAAUCAUCUCUUCAACUCAAAAUCGACGCUUGUGGCCGUUCUCUCUCCAUUCUCCAGUCCCCAUCUUCUCUGGGCACUCCUGGAGUAACUGGGUCUGUGAUGUGGGACAGUGGCAUUAUUCUUGGGAAGUUUCUAGAACACUCUGUUGAAUCUGGAAAGAUUUCGCUCCAAGGGAAGAAUGUUGUUGAGUUGGGCUCCGGCUGUGGAUUAGUCGGCUGCAUUGCUGCUUUAUUAGGAGCUCAUGCAAUUCUGACCGACCUGCCUGAUCGACUGAAGCUACUGAAAAAGAACGUUGAGACCAAUCUCUAUGGAGACAUCCGAGGGUCUGCAAGAGUGGAAGAACUAACAUGGGGAGAUGAUCUCGACAAGGAUUUCACUGACCCUUCACCUGAUUUUGUGAUUGGCUCAGAUGUUGUAUACAGCGAAGGAGCUGUGGUUGAUCUGAUGGAAACGCUUGUAGAACUUUGUGGGAAGCACACGACUGUCGUCUUGGCUGGGGAGCUUCGCAAUGAUGCUAUCCUGGAAUACUUCUUGGAAGCUGCUCGUAAAGAAUUCGUUGUUGGGCGAGUUGAUGAAGGCCAAUGGCAUCCCGAUUAUCGCAGUUCCCGCGUUGCUAUAUAUGUUUUGGUGAAGAUAUAGAGAUAUUGAAGAAGUCGUGUUAAGUCAUAUAGAAAUUUACUUAAAUUCUCCAAAGCUAGAUGGCCUUUCAAAUUUCGCAAUCUUGUUCAAUAUUUAAAUCCACAUUUCAUUAUCCUCCUUUGCCAUUCCAUUCUCUCCAAACCAGUAGAACUAUGCAAUUUUUUUCCUCUUUUCAACUUGUAAUUUUCAGCUGACUUAGAACUCAUGAAGAUAAUGAUUAUUGGUAUUUCGAAA